CUCUUCUACGUUGAAGUCAACAACCUAGCAAAAUGCAUCAUGGGACGCUGUACUAAUUUAGGAAACAUGGCGAGUUUUAGCGACGACGAGGGAUUUGAAAAACAGGUUGAAUCUAUUCUUGAACAAAGAAAGCGUAAAGGAGCAAUUGAAUACCUUGUACGUUGGAGAGGUGCUGGAGAGAGUCAAGAAAGUGAAACUUGGGAACCUGCUAAAACUUUAAUCAUCAAUUGGGCACAAGUAGUCCAAGAUUUUCUUACAAAAAAGAAGGAAGAGAAAAAAAGAUCUACUUCAAGAUCCAGAAAAGGCUCUCGUUCAAGGUCUAGAUCAUCUUCGAGAAAUAGAAAGACAACCAAAGCUGAGGAGAAGACAAAGUCAAGAUCUCGUUCACGGGGGCGCCCUAAAAAAUCUUCGUAUCCACCUAAUGAGCCGGAAACGUCAAAUGAAGGAUCUGAAAAUAAGAAAAAUACCAGAAGUAAAAGUAAUAUAGUCAUUUCAGAAUCUAGUACAUCAGUCACCAAAGAAACUGUAACACUACAGGAAAGUACUAACAGCAUUGAAGCAAAGGACAACACAGACUCCUCUGAAAAGAUGACAGCUAAAUCAUCAAAUAAUUCUAAUUCUCAAUUGGAAGUUCAGCGUGUUGUUAAUGAACAGUGCCCAGCUUCUGAGGACAACAAACCAAGAAGUGCUAUAUGGAAAGUUGCAGAUUAUGCGGUCAUUGUUCUUUUCAUACUCUCACUGAUUGCUGCAAUUUUCCUGUUUCUUGAAAAAAUUUUAGAUUUGGAGGAUUUUAAAAAACAGGCCCUACCCAACAUGCGAGUAUUGCAAGAAAGACUGGAAGCUGGAAAAAACAGUUUCAUGGAUUUAAUUUUUUAUUGUCUAGAUAGCAUCACUCAUUGUUGGUUUAAUGUUAUGGAGCAAAUUAAGGGUGCAGAGAACACUAAAAAAUCUGCUUAGUAUUGUUUUGUUUUUAUACCAUAUAUUAUAUGAUUGGUCAUUUUGAAUAAGUAGCCUAAAGAAAUUGUUUUCAGCUGGUUUUUAAAAUUGAUUUAAUAAAUUAUUUUGAAAUAUUCUUCACUUGGUUUAGAGAUACAUAGAUGUGUGGAAAGGUUGGAUUUUCUUUUAAGGAGGUUGUAUCUUAAAUUCUAAAAAAUUAUUUUUUAAAAGACAGUCAUGUGUAAAAUUGCAGCCAAAUAGUGUACAGAAUGCCACAUAUAGGCAGCCUUGCAUGCUGUUUUUGCUUAGUUUGUUUGACACUCCCAUCAGUAGAUUUUUUCACUUUUAUACCAUUUUGAUAAUUUAGACAAUUUUUAGCAAAUGUAAAUCUGUUAAAGCAGUUUAUGUAUGUGUUCUUCAUUGUACAGAUGUUUUGUUUUAAUGCAGUUGGAAUUUUAAAAUUAUUUAUUAGACGUCCUACCAUACUAAUUAAUUAUUCAUUAAUUAUUAAAUAUAAUCAUAUAUUGCAUGACAUAAAUUAAAAUAAUUUCUCACAUAAACUUUUGUAAAGUCAAGGUCACGGCCGUAAACUGUAUGCUAUUGGCAAAAAUAAUUUUUAUACCCUGUAUGUUAUGUUAGUUUUCAUCUGUGUGGUGUCAGACAUUUUUUUAAAUGAAUACAUUUAUGAUCCCUAUGGUUGAUCUGUAUCAACUCAUCAAAAUUACUUUUUUACUAAUGAAAAUAAUUGUCACUUUUCAAAGUUCAUUUAUUUUUGUUGAACAGUAAAAGCUUAGCAGUAUUGAUUUGAGCCAUUAUAGCUCUGACAUUCCACACUAACUCAUCAAUUAAAAGAAAACUAAACGUUUUGUCUUGUUUAUUAAUAAAAAGAUCAUAUACACCCCUGUGCAA